CUGUCUAGGCAUUGACUAGUCCAUAGAUAAGAUAAAUAAAUAAUUGCACACACAUCAUGCCUUCACAUUUUACCCAUAACAGGCACAGAAGGAUCAAGGAAGGAAGAAACUGAAUUAUAGAAUAAGAGUCCAUUCUUCAACUGCCUCUAAGAAGUUUUGGAGGAAGAAGAAGAAGAUGGAUGUGGGUGCUUAUUGAUCCCAACUUUGGCAAGUACUGCUCUGCAAAUUUAUUAGCUGUUAUUACCUUGUCCUGCUGGUCAAUUCUGGGGGCAAAAUCAUGUCUAAGAAAACACUGAAGAGGUUAGAAUCGAAGAAAUCGCAUUCUUGGUGGUUUGAUAGUCAUAUCAUCCCUAAAUCCAACAAAUGGCUUGCAGACAAUUUACAAGAGAUGGACCUGAGCGUCAAGCGAAUGCUGAAACUGAUUGAAGAGGAUGGAGACUCCUUUGCAAAGAAGGCUGAGAUGUACUAUGAGAAAAGGCCUGAAUUGAUCUCUCAAGUGGAGGAGUUUUAUCGAAUGUAUCGUGCAUUGGCGGAGCGCUAUGGUAACCUGACUAAGGAGUUGCGCAAGAACAUUCCACCCAAUCAGCUCCAAAGUCAGACUUCAGGCAUCUCUGAUGCAGGAUCCGAGUCUGGACCUCCUAUGCAUUUUGGUGCUGAGCGGAAACAUACUCGCCGUAAGUCCGUGGCCAGAGCUGCUGGUUUUGACGUCUUUCUUGGAUCUCGUGGAGGCAGCUCUGAGAAGGCAGAAUCAGAUGAUUCUUCAUUGUCUCCGUCAGACUCUGAAACAGAAUCUGAAAGCAUUGCUUCAUCUAAGAUUACUUACUCCGAUUCACUAGCAGCCAGUGCUGAUGACUUGGGCCUGAGUCAGAGGAUUAUUGAGCUGGAGGCCGAGCUCCGUGACGUGAAACUGAAGCUUCAGAUGGCAGAGGAAGAGAAUUCUUCUAUCACUGCCUCAAUGGCUUCUCAUGACAAUGGAGACUACGAAAAGCUUCUUGGCAGAAUCCAAUGGUACGAGGAAGAAUUGAAUGUUGCAAAUGCAAAGCUUCAUUGUGCUGAAGAAGAGAUCCAGAGAAUAACAAACCUCAAAACUGAGAAUGAGACAACUGAUGCAUUGUCUACUGAGACAACGCAGGUGUUGGAACUGCAAGAAAAUAUUGCAAAAUUAACGCUUGAUCUUGAGAAAAGCAAAUCUGCUGAAGCAGCCAUGGAUAAUGUUUUGGAAGAGACCAGGGUCAGUAACGAAAAGCUUCGUCUUUCAGAAGAAGAGGUAUCAAGGUUGAAACUUGAACUGCAAAUGGCCAAGUCUUCUUCAAGAGAUAUCGAUGUCUGUAUGCCAGAACAGAAAGAUCCGAAUGUAGAAAAUCUUAAUACAGAAAUUCAAGAACUGAAACUAGCCAUCUCUGAUGCUGAGUUGAAAUUUAGCACUGAGAAAUCUCAACUACAGAAGGUCAUAUCAGAUUUGGAAGAAGAUCGAAGGGAACUAGAGACGAAGCUGAAGAACUUAGAGUCAAGCAUUCAAACACUAAUAGAUGAUGGUAAGAGGGUUGAACAAGAAAAGAUAGAAUUUCAAGUUCUACAGGCGAAUCGUGAAAAAGAGAUAAGCAGCGAAAUGGAAAGAUGGAAACUGAAUAUUGAGACCUUGACAGCAGAGAGAGACAACCUCCUGAAUGGAAAGGCACGGAAUUCAUUCACGGUCAAUGUGGGAUCUAGAGACGCAGAUAGACUCCGUGAGAUGGAAGAUCGUCUGAAAAUGUUACAAGGCAUUAAAUGGUUGCUUGUAUAAAACGUCGAAAGACGUUAGUGAUUGCCAUGUUUUUCAUAUUGAAGCUACAAAAUCCAAUUUCUUUGUUUUUGUAUUUUAUUCAUGAAUGGAUCAUUUGUAAGCAUAUGCAUUGUUGAUUACAGAAAACAUAAGUGCAGUUUACAGUUCUUAA